GCCGCGGUCUCUCCGGCCCCCUCCCCCCCGUUCCCCUAGCUCUCCCGCUCUUUGUUUGGGCAAGAGCCGGCGCGGGCCCCCACCCGCCGCAUCGCGGUCGCUUGGCAACAGCGGGCCGGCUCCCCGCCAUUGGCCGGCGCGCUGAGCCCCUCGGGCCAAUGGCAGGCCUGUUGCCAUGGCAGGGGUCAUGUUGCAGCCGCCUCGUGUGCGCCGCGGGGAGCGGGAGCCCGAGCCCGGGAGGCGGGAGGCGGGGCGGGGCGGGAGCCGGAGCAGGCCGCCCCUCGAGCUCAGCGCCUCCUCCCCCCUCCCCCGCCGAGGGGGGCUAGGGGAGGGGGGGCCCGGGCCGGGCCGGGCCGGGCUGGUGGGGUGCUAUGGGCGUCGGAGGAGAGGCUUCUCUGGCCCCCGGUGCGAGCCCAGGCUUCCUUGUGAGACAGGCCGGGCUGGAAGUUGGGGGGAGGGCAGUCCUAGGCCCAGGCCAGCAGCUGUAGGGUUAACCCCGUCCUCCCUUCCGUCCCCCGCCCUCCUCUCCCCCUUCCACCUGCUCAGCUCCCCCCUCCAGGCAACCUCGGCUGACCCCCCUCCCCCUCCCGGCGGCUGCUGCUGUCACCCAGCGGACGGGACAGGACAGGGCAGGGCAGGGGCCGGGGGCCGCCUAGGGGCCUAGGGCCAGGCCAGGCAGCUCGCACUCGAGCACCCGUCCACUUCUGUCCCCCCUCGGGGCUCCCACCCUCCCUGCCCGACAUGCUGACUGCCCGACUGCCAGACUGGGGACCCCGCCGGCCACCUGCCCGUGGCUCCCGACAGCCCCCCAGCGUGGGUCCCGGCGGUGCUGGUGGCAGCAGCUGUGGUGCAGGAUGCGAGAAGUCGCCCCCCAGCCGGGCUCCUGCUCCGGGCCUUGCUUCCCUUCGGCCCUCUGAGCCGGACAUGGCCGCCCCUCCCAGCCAUGGUCCUUUCUCCGGCUUUCCAGCCCCCCAGGAGCAUACACAGGUGGUGCCAGAUGUCCGGCUGCUCCAGCGACGGCUCCCGCUGGCCUUUCGGGAUGCCACCUCCGCCCCGCUCCGGAAACUCUCUGUGGACCUUAUCAAGACCUACAAGCACAUUAAUGAGGUGUACUACGCCAAGAAGAAGCGUCGGGCCCAGCAGGGGCCGCCCGAGGACGCGAGCACAAAGAAAGAGAGGAAGGUUCUGAACCACGGCUACGACGACGACAACCAUGACUACAUUGUGCGAAGCGGGGAGCGGUGGCUGGAGCGCUAUGAGAUCGACUCGCUCAUUGGGAAGGGCUCCUUUGGGCAGGUGGUGAAGGCCUAUGACCACCAGGCCCAGGAGCUGGUGGCCAUCAAGAUCAUCAAGAACAAGAAGGCGUUUCUGAACCAGGCGCAGAUUGAGCUGCGGCUGCUGGAGCUGAUGAACCAGCACGACACGGAGAUGAAGUAUUACAUCGUGCAUUUGAAACGACACUUCAUGUUCCGAAACCACCUGUGCCUGGUUAUCCUGUCCCUCAAUCUGCCGACCUGCUCCAACCGCACUUCCGGCGUCUUGAACCCCCGGCUGGCCCAGCAGCUCUGCACACCCCCUGCUCCUGGCCCCCCGGCCAGCAUCAUCCCUGACCUCAAGCCCGAGAACAUCCUGGUUUGUGGCCCGGGGAGGGGCUCCGGGCUGGGGGCGGCGGAGGGCAGGGAGUCCUGACCGCGCCUGCUUUGUCUCCAGAUCUACCAGUACAUCCAGAGCCGCUUCUACCGCUCCCCUGAGGUGCUCCUGGGGACCCCGUACGAUCUGGCCAUCGACAUGUGGUCUUUAGGCUGUAUUCUUGUGGAGAUGCACACGGGAGAGCCCCUCUUCAGCGGCUCCAAUGAGGUGGACCAGAUGAACAGGAUUGUGGAAGUGCUGGGACUGCCCCCAGCCCCCAUGCUGGAACAGGCACCCAAAGCUAGGAAGUACUUCGACCGGUUGCCUGGAGGGGGCUGGACCCUGCGGAGGAGCAAAGACCUCAGGAAGGAGUACCAGGGCCCCGGCACGCGGCGGCUGCAGGAGGUGCUGGGUGUGCAGACAGGCGGCCCCGGGGGCCGACGGGCAGGCGAGCCCGGCCAUAGCACAGCCGACUACCUCCGCUUCCAGGACCUGGUGCUGCGCAUGCUGGAGUACGAGCCGGCCGCCCGCAUCAGCCCCCUGGGGGCCCUGCAGCACGGUUUCUUCCGCCGGACGGCCGACGAGGCGACCAACACGGGCCCCUCGGGGAGCAGCACCUCCACCUCGCCUUCUCCGGCCCCCGACGCCUCCCACUCCUCUAGCGCAGCCAGCUCUGUCUCCAGCUCUGGUGGCUCGAGCGGAUCGUCCAAUGACAACCGAAGCUACCGAUACAGCAACCGGUACUGUGGGGGCCCGGGGCCCCCGGUGACGGACUGCGAGAUGCACAGCCCCCAGGUCCCACCUUCCCAGCCGCUGCGCCCUUGGGCAGGGGGAGAUGUGGCCCACAAGCCUCCCCCGGGCCCCGCCCCAGCCUCUUCUUCCUCCUCUUUCCACGGGGCCGGUGGCCGGCCUUCGGCCCAGGCUGGCUCUUCUUCAUCCUCUUCACCGCCUCCCCCCGAGCUGAUGGACGUGAGCCUUGGAGGCGGCCCCCUGCUGCCCCCACCUGCUCCACAGGACUGUGCCCCACUCCGCCCUGCUCCCCCUCUCCAGCACCCGGCCACUUCGGCCUUCCGGACUCGGACCACAGGGGGGGGCGGCCCCAGGGGCGGGGGCCGGCCGCCGAUCCCCCCACCUGAGGACCCGGCCCUAGGCCCCCGCCUGGGUCUCUGUGGUGUCCCCCAGAGUACGGCCGCCAGCUCGUGAUCCCCUGCCCCCCUGGGGCCCCCCGAAGCCAUACCCCUUCCCCCUUGGGGCCCCUGGGCUCAUGCCUUCCCUCCCCCAGCCUUCCUCCCCUCUCAACUGGAAUUGCUGCUACCCAGUGGGGGGGAGGGGGGGCACCUGCACUGACCUGACUGGGGGCUGGGGCCGAGAAGAGGAGGGGGUAUGACCCCUACCCCCCUUGUCCCCCCAUGGACUGGCUCCUCGGCCCUGCUGGCCCCUUUGUUUUCUAUUUAUUGUACCAAAGACUGGCAGCCCUGGGGUGGCUCCCCUGCUCUCCACCCUGGGGCUGGGGGGGGUGGGGUGGGGAGGCAUCCGCAGGAGUCUGGGGCGCCCUGUGCUGUACCCAAGUAAAGAGCUUUCUCACACGCC